AGCCAGCAUUCUGUCCACACACAACGGUCCACAGUGACGGGAUGGAUGAGCCAACUUAACGGAUCUCGUGGACAACUCAAGAGACAUUUGAAACCCAUUCUCCUAUUCUCCGGCAAAAGUGAUUUUUCAUCGGGAUAUCUCUGACAAGUACGACUAAAAGCCUCAGCUCUGGUCAUGGGCUGUGUGGGCUCCAAGAAGGAGGCGGAUGCCGGGGGCAAGGCCCUGGGCAGCGAUGACUCCUCCAGCCGUACACAGCCGACACACUAUGUCAAAGACCCCACAGCCGGCACCAAAGCAAACAGAACCAACUCCAGUAUGCCCUCUUCCAGCGGGGAUGGUCCAGAGAACAUCGCCAUUUCACUGUACGACUACGAGGCCAUCUAUGAAGGAGACCUGGGCUUCAAGAAGGGAGACAAGCUCAAGAUCCUUGAGGAGUCAGGCGCAUGGUGGAAAGCACGACUGAUCAGCAGCGGCCAAGAGGGCUUCAUCCCCAGCAACUAUGUGGCCAAAGACACUCUGGAGACAGAGGAGUGGUUCUUCAAGGGAGUGAGCAGGAAGGAUGCAGAGAGGCAGCUUCUGGCCUCAGGCAACAAAGUCGGCUCCUUCAUGAUCAGGGACAGUGAGACCACUAAAGGCAGCUACUCUCUGUCGGUGAGGGACAGCGAUGCCCACUCGGCGGACACGGUCAAGCAUUACAAGAUCCGCACCUUGGACAACGGAGGCUUCUACAUCUCCCCCCGCAUCACCUUCUGCACCUUGCAAGAGCUGGUCGGCCACUAUAAGAACCAAUCUGAUGGCCUGUGCCAGUCCCUGACCAACCCCUGCAUCAGCCCUAAGCCCCAGAAGCCGUGGGAGAAGGAUGCCUGGGAGAUCCCCAGGGAGUCCCUCAAGCUGGACAGGAGGCUGGGAGCAGGCCAGUUCGGAGAGGUCUGGAUGGCCACGUAUAACAAGCACACCAAGGUGGCGGUGAAGACCAUGAAGCCUGGCACCAUGUCGGUGGAGGCCUUCCUGAUGGAGGCCAACCUGAUGAAGACGCUGCAGCACGACAAGCUGGUGCGCCUGAACGCCGUCGUCACCAAGGAGGAGCCCAUCUACAUCAUCACCGAGUACAUGGAGAAAGGCAGUUUACUGGACUUCCUCAAGAGCGAUGAAGGUAAUCGAGUCCAACUUCCAAAGCUCAUCGACUUCUGUGCUCAGAUUGCAGAGGGCAUGGCGUACAUCGAGAGGAUGAACUACAUCCACAGGGAUCUACGUGCAGCCAACAUCCUGGUCUCCAAGACGCUGGUGUGCAAGAUCGCCGACUUCGGGCUGGCUCGCAUCAUAGAGGACAAUGAGUACACAGCCAGAGAAGGCGCCAAAUUCCCCAUCAAGUGGACCGCACCAGAGGCCAUCAACUAUGGCUCCUUCACCAUCAAGUCAGACGUGUGGUCCUUUGGCAUCCUGCUCAUGGAGAUCAUCAGCUACGGACGUACCCCUUAUCCAGGCAUGACAAACCCGGAGGUGAUCCGCUCCCUGGAGAGGGGCUACCGUAUGCAGCGUCCGGACUCGUGCCCUCAGGAGCUGUACGACAUCAUGCUGGAGUGCUGGAAGAAUAAGCCAGAAGACCGGCCCACCUUCGAGUACCUGCAGAGCGUCCUGGAGGACUUCUACACGGCCACAGAGAGCCAGUACCAGCAGCAGCCAUGAGAGGAACACCUCCACCAUCACCACUCGCUCAAUGGUUACAGAGACGUGAUGAGCACAUUUUGCAUAAAUAUAUUGACAUACAGUAAUAUAUUAAUGUACACAUGUGUACGAACACACACACACACACACACACACACACACACACACACACACACACACACACACACACACACACACACACACACACACACACACACACACACACACACACACACACACACACACACACACACACUGUACGUAUGUCCGAUUAACGUGCAUGUAAAAUAUUUUUAUAGAAUGAAAGAAAAAAACAAAGUAAAAUACAAAGAGGAAUUAUUCACGUUCUGAGAUUAGUUCAGGUACAAAUAAAGAUAAACAGAUCCCAUAGUGGUCAUGUAAUUUAAGGGGGACAUUUGCAGUAAAGUGGCAAAAAUUAAAAGGUGAUGAACAGAAAAAUAUAUAUUGUUUUAUUUCUUCUCUCAAACAUCCCUUAAAAGGCAAAAUAAUAAUAUUAGAUGAGGUUGAAGAAGAGAGAGAAGGAUAAGAGAGAAUUCAGGUGAAGAGUUUAACUGUAGUGCUUUGAAACAUAUCUGUAUAAUUGGAUUAAAGACUUGUUGAGCACAACCCCAUAUAUCGAUGUACAUGGAAACCUAACACCAUAAGUACAUUUUAGUGUAUUUAAUUUUUAAUGGUACCAGUCGAAUAUAUGAUUCUGACUUUAAGGUAUUCAAACGUUUUCAAAGUGCCUUCCAUGCAAUAUCUUGGACACUUCAUGGAUACUUCAUGUAAAUCAAAUAAUAGGAUAUGUCCUUGUUUAUUAUACCCACAUUUAAUGUAGUUAUUAUACCAUACUUAAGUUAGGUCAGAUAUUUUUAAAGUAAAAAGAAAUACUGAAUAAAAUUACAACCUAUAUUAGGUUUGGUUUUGAGGUAACGUAUGAGAGAGAGAGAGAGAGAGAGAGAGAGAGAGAGAGAGAGAGAGAGAGAGAGAGAGAGAGAGAGAGAGAGAGAGAGAGAGCGAGGACAUACAUAUAUACAUACAUACAUACAUACAUACAUACAUACAUACAUACAUACAUACAUACAUACAUACAUACAUACAUACAUACAUACAUACAUACAUACAUACAUACAUACAUACAGCACAGCACAGCACAGCACAGCACAUACAGAAAGAACGUACAGAGAGGUAUUUUACAAGAAUAUUUCUACCUAGGGUAUACAAACAUAAUUCAUUUUGUUGGUCUUAUCGCUGUUCUUGUUUUCAAACUGUUGGUCCACUGUAAUUUCCAAUAUUUUGUUCCACAAACAGUGAAGUUAGUUUUUUUUUUUAAAGCAUGUUGUUGUAUUGUGGUGUUUCUUUAUGGUUUUCAUUUCAUUUCAUUUCAUAGUAAAUGAUUCUGUGUGUUCUAUCGCUUAUGGUGAACUCUGAAGCCUUUGAAUUGUGUAUUUAUUUCAUAAUAACAGUGCCAUCCUGCCUUAAAUAAUGUUAACAUUGUAUUUUAUCAACUUUAUGUGAAUAUUUAUCUCAGGGUAUGAAGUUAUUGCUUGUCCUUUUUUUUGCUCUUUCAGAUGAAUCCAUUGACAUGUGAGAUGAUAUUCAAUAAAGGCUAAAUUAAUAAUUCUA